AUGCCCGGGGGCGGGGGCAGCCCGGCGGAGGCGGCCGGCGAGGCGGCGGCGGCGGCAGGAGGAGGGGGAGGGGGAGGGGGCGGCGGCGGCGGCGGGGGGCUGCCGGUGCCGCCGGUGGCCGGCAGGAUGAGCCUGUCGCCCAAGGAGCUGUCGAGCCUGCUGAGCAUCGUGUCGGAGGAGGCGGGCGGCAGCACGUUCGAGGGCCUGUCGAGCGCCUUCCACCACUACUUCGGCAAGGCCGAGCACUUCCGCCUGGGCUCCGUCCUCGUCCUGCUGCUGCAGCAGCCCGACCUGCUGCCCAGCCCCGCGCAGCGCCUCACCGCCCUCUACCUGCUCUGGGAGAUGUACCGCACCGAGCCGCUCGCCGCCAACCCCUUCGCCGCCGUCUUCGCCCACCUGCUCAACCCCGCGCCCGAGCGCGGCGGGGACGAGGCGGAGCGGACGCCGCUCUCCGGCUUCUUACCUCCCAUAACUCCUCCAGAGAAAUUCUUUCUCUCUCAGCUGAUGUUAGCCCCCCCUAGAGAGCUGUUCAAGAAGACUCCUCGACAGAUCGCGUCCAUGGAUGUAGGAAACAUGGCCCAGUCAGUGGACAUAAGUGGCCUUCAGCUGGCAUUAGCAGAACGCCAGUCCGAGCUGCCAACGCAGAGCAAGGCCAGCUUCCCCAGCAUCCUCAGCGAUCCUGACCCAGAUUCUUCCAACUCCGGUUUCGACAGCUCUGUUGCCUCCCAGAUCACUGAAGCCUUAGUGAGUGGACCAAAGCCUCCUAUAGAAAGUCACUUUCGACCAGAGUUUAUUCGACCGCCACCUCCGCUCCAUAUAUGUGAGGAUGAAUUGGCAUGGUUAAAUCCAAUAGAACCAGAUCACACAAUUCAGUGGGAUAAAUCAAUGUGUGUUAAAAACAGCACCGGAGUUGAGAUAAAAAGAAUCAUGGCCAAAGCUUUCAAAAGUCCCUUGACUUCCCCACAGCAAACGCAGCUCCUUGGAGAACUGGAAAAGGACCCCAAGCUCGUUUACCAUAUUGGUCUUACUCCUGCCAAAUUGCCAGACCUCGUUGAAAACAAUCCUUUAGUAGCUAUAGAAAUGCUGCUCAAACUGAUGCAGUCUAGUCAGAUAACAGAGUAUUUUUCUGUCUUGGUCAACAUGGACAUGUCCUUACAUUCAAUGGAAGUUGUAAAUCGGCUUACUACUGCAGUUGAUCUCCCUCCUGAGUUUAUUCAUCUUUAUAUCUCCAACUGUAUCUCUACCUGUGAACAGAUUAAAGACAAAUACAUGCAGAACCGCCUGGUACGUCUUGUUUGUGUCUUCCUUCAGUCUUUGAUCAGAAACAAAAUUAUUAAUGUACAGGACUUGUUUAUAGAAGUGCAAGCAUUCUGCAUCGAGUUCAGCCGGAUAAGAGAAGCAGCUGGCCUUUUCAGAUUGCUGAAGACACUAGAUACUGGGGAAAGUCCAUCAGAGACAAAAACUUUCAAAUAAAACCACUUCAUCGCUGGGGGGGAUAUCAGCAUUCUAUACUAAUUAAUUGUAUAUUUUAAACCAAAAUCACUGGAUUAAUGAUGUAAUACAUUAUAAAUAGCAUUUUAUGCAUUUAAACAAUAAAUAAUGUUUUUCUGA